UCGUUAAAGGAAUAUGAGAUCCCUUAUCACGAAAAUUCGAGCUUGUACGACUACGUGAAGAAACUAGAAGAAUCCACAGCUCGUGGUAAGGGAACCAUUCUGAAAUCGUGGUCUCGACUGACUAGACAACCUAAAAAUCCGAACUUGAAUGUCUCCGGUGGUUUCAAGACUGGAUCUCUUCAAUGUCUUGGUCUUACAACUCAUCUUCUAGAAGAAAGACUUAAAUUCUUAUCGCAAAUGGGAAUCAAGGGGAAAGACGCCUUGAUCAUUUCCCUCGAAUUUCCAGCUAUCCUAUCCUGGGAUUGCCCUAACUUCUCUAAAAUAUUAAAAGUUCUCUUGGAUCUAAACUGUGACAUUGUUCGACUGAUGUGUCGAACCCCAUUCGUUUUUGGUCUUGAAUAUGCAAGGGUGACAGAAAACAUACAAAGACUUACAAAUGCUGGGGUAGAAUACAUGAUCAUUGGCAAGCUAGUCAGCCAACACCCUCUCAUUUUGAGUUUUCCAUUACGGGACGAUAGCCUGGAUUUGAUUAAGCUUCUGUUGGAUUGCCACAAAAAGCUGAAGUGUGAUGACGUUAUUAUUGAAGAAAAUGUUAAUGAAGAAAAGGCAGUGCUAGACCUACUACUUCAGCCUCUAGAAAAAUCUCAAGAACAAGUCAAUUUGCAAGACAAAUUUAAGCAAGUAAUAAGCUUUCUUUAUGAAAUGCAAGUGUCUCCAUUAAUCAUUGCAGCUAAGAAUCCCAUGGUGUUUAAUACUGAUGUUGAUACUUUGAGAACCGCUAUUGAAUUUUUCACUAGCAAACCACUCUUGUUGGAAAUGGAGGUAGUUCAGGAGCUUUUGACAUCAAGAUCAGAACUGUUUGUAAACUUUGAUGCUGAAGUGAUGUAUGAUCGGGUGCAGUUAAUUUAUGAUAUAGUCAAAAGUCCAACAGCACUAUACAAUAUAAUUAUUGUACAGUCAGGUUUUGUAUUUGAAAAAAGCAACACAAAGAUGGAAGACAUUAUUGAGUGCUUUCGAAAUCUUGGUAUUGGUUACAAAGAGAUGCGCGGUCUGAUCACUUUAAAAAACUUUUUUUCUUUGGAAAAGCAGGAAUUGUCAGAAAAAGUUGAGUACCUAUUAAAGGUUGAUGGAAUAACAAUGGAAAGUAUAAAAAACAAUCCUGCAUGCCUUUUGAAACCACUUUCACACCUAAAGGAGAGGGUGGAAUUCCUGAAAGCCAACAAGCCAACUGUUUUGAAUGACUGUGACCUUGGUCAGAUUAUGACAACCAAGAAUAAGGAAUUUGCAAGUGAAGUUUGUGGAUCAUCAUUGGAGCACUUUGAUAAGUUUGUGGAAGGGAUGACAGAAAAGUGA